AUGGCGCUUGAUAAUUACUAUCACAAUAAAAUCGAGAGCAUGAAGCUCGAGAUUAUUCAAGGGCAAGCGGUGCUACGGAGAUUGGAAGCACAGCGUAAUGAUUAUAACUCGAGGGUGCGGUUACUUCGGGAGGAACUGGGGUUACUGCAACAGCCUGGCUCCUACGUCGGCGAGGUGGUCAAGGUGAUGAGUACCAAAAAGGUACUCGUGAAAGUACAUCCGGAAGGAAAAUAUGUGGUGGAUAUUGCAGAUGGUGUCGACAUCAGCAAGCUGACUGUGGGCAAACGAGUCGCCCUACUUUCCGACUCCUACAAAUUGGAAAAGAUGCUACCUUCGUCCGUUGACCCUCUUGUGUCUCUUAUGAUGGUUGAGAAGGUUCCUGAUAGCACGUACGACAUGAUCGGUGGUCUCGAUCAACAAAUCAAGGAAAUCAAAGAAGUCAUCGAACUUGGUUUAAAACAUCCGGAGCUGUUUGAAUCUCUUGGUAUCGCGCAACCGAAAGGUGUCCUUCUGUAUGGGCCACCGGGAACUGGUAAAACACUGCUUGCUCGAGCAGUUGCCCACCAUACGGAUUGCCGAUUCAUAAGGGUCAGUGGCUCGGAAUUAGUGCAAAAGUAUAUUGGUGAAGGUAGCCGUAUGGUGCGCGAGCUGUUUGUCAUGGCUCGGGAGCACGCGCCGAGCAUCAUCUUCAUGGAUGAGAUCGACAGCAUUGGAUCCAGCCGCAUAGACUCAGCAGGCUCAGGCGAUUCGGAGGUGCAGCGUACGAUGUUGGAACUGCUCAAUCAGUUGGAUGGAUUCGAGCCUACCAAGAAUAUUAAAAUUAUUAUGGCUACGAACCGACUGGAUAUUCUCGAUCCGGCCUUGUUGCGCCCUGGACGGAUCGACCGGAAAAUUGAAUUCCCUCCGCCAUCGGUCGAAGCUCGCGCUGAUAUUUUGCGGAUUCACUCGCGCUCAAUGAACCUAACGCGUGGUAUCAACCUAACAAAGAUCGCAGAAAAAAUGAACGGGUGUUCUGGUGCAGAGUUAAAGGGUGUAUGCACCGAGGCGGGCAUGUACGCUCUUCGAGAGAGGCGGGUGCACGUUACGCAAGAAGACUUUGAUCUCGCUACAGCCAAGAUUCUCAACAAGCAUGAUGACAAGGAGGUUGCUGUUUCCAAGCUUUUUAAGUAG